AUGUCUGAUAUAGGCACGAAAGGAAGUGCGAAACGCACACUAACCUCCGUCCUCCCUUCACUUAGGCCAAAACGAAAGCAUCUACGAAAGUACUCCUGGCUUCCAGAUGUGUUCCGAAUCAAAGGCAGUAUUAUUAGCCGCAUUUUCUGGCCUGUCACCACGAAUACGCUCUUUGCUACAAUUAUCGCCUACGCAUGGCACAAUGGAUAUCGUAUUAUGCUGACGAACUCUGUCGUGCCCUUACUUUCGGUGGUGGUUGGUUUGAUCCUGGUUUUCAGAAACGGGAGCUCCUAUGAUCGAUUUUGGGAAGGAAGAAAGUGUUUCGCAACGGUCAUUUCAAACGUCCGCAACCUCUCUCGUCAGAUUUGGGUCAACGUCGCCCUUCCUCCCUCAGAUCAAGACGAUACCCCCAGCAAGAAAGGCAAAGCUCCAGUACCCACUGCCUCUCAGCUCCAUCGCAUCAAGUCCGAGGCCUUACAUCUCUGUCUUGCUUUCCCUUUUGCUUUAAAGCAUUACCUACGUGGAGAAGACGGUCUUAAUUGGAGCGACUAUCAUGAUGUCCUACCCAAGAACUUUGCGCGGUUCGAUGAAGUCGGUUACCAAAAAUCCAAAUCCGAUUUGACAACCUCAUAUCAUACCAUUUCGAACAAGUCUAGCGGGAGGUCUUCUCCGGACUUGGGGCGGGGUGAUGCAACCAAACGAGUUCGCCCCAAACGUAGCAAACAAAAUCUUCCCAGCCAAUCUACACCUUUACUUUCAGACGCGGUGACCCAUCGAACAGUAGAGUUUCGGCCUUUCGCAGAUGAUAACUCUUUGCCAUUACCUUUGAUUAUUGCUCAUGAGAUCUCGCGUUUGCUGUUCUACUUCAGGAGAGAGGGUUUGUUAGAAACUGUAGGUCCUGCGGGAAUGAAUGCCAUGAACGCAUUAGUUCAGAGUAUGGUUGACAAUAUGACUGCCAUGGAACGAGUGGCCAACACUCCAAUUCCUAUAUCUUACGGUAUCCAUCUCAAGCAAUGUGUUACAUUAUAUCUUUUCGCUCUCCCGUUAACUUUGGUGAACGACCUCGGGUGGAUGACUGUACCAAUCGUUACAGUCGUAGCUUUUACUUUCAUGGGAAUAGAAGGUAUAGCUGACGAGAUUGAGAUGCCUUUUGGUAACGAUCCUAGCGAUCUGCCUCUUGACCGCUACUGCCACGAUUUGAAAGAAGAAAUCUUGUACAUAAUUGAAAGACUUCCAGACUCAGGGGAAGGAAUAUACGGGUACGACGACGGAGAAGGGGAUGAUUAG